UAGUUGAUCAAUUUCAUCAGAAACACUCAACAUGCGAUUCUCGUUCGUACUUGCCCUCGCCGUCCUCGUCUGCCUCCUGUUCGUCCAGGAGGGCAGUGGCACAACCUCGGCCUCGAGCUCAAGCACUACCACCACUACCACCACUGAGUCGUCCGAUACCACCACCACCACCACCACCGCCUCCUCCGACACCACCACGACCACAUCAUCCUCCUCAUCGUCUUCAUCGUCGUCUUCCUCGAAGGCAGCCAAGAGGCGAAGGCGUGAACGGCGCCGCCGACUGGCCAGGGAGCGCCAGCGCCGGGAGCGCAGAAGGCAGCGCCAGACUGAGAGGCUGCGCAAUCGCCUGCAGAGCCAGCGCAAGGAGAUCAAGAAGCUGCGUGGAUGAAGAUAGCUUGGGAAGCCUUUCCUAGAUGCCAAAUAAUGCAAUUGAAAAUAAGAAAAAUGCUGACUACUUGGUUCGAUUAAAUAUUUUGUUGAUGGUCGCAAAGAUCACUUUUUGAAUACGUCCAUGAUUAGCCAAGCUUAAAUAAAAAAAUACAAGUAUAAAGUUAGAAA